GUUAUGGUAUCGUGUGUUCGUUUUCCCUAUCAGUGUUGUUGUUCUGUGAGUGUCUGUCUUUGAAACCCCCAUGGCUCUUUCAUAUUACAUACAAAAAGACUACAGAUAAAAUGCUCCUGAGCAUCACACCUCAAUAUCCCCCAAUCGUCCUGUACACACGCACACGCACACGCACACACACAGAGGAGAGCUAUAAAUAACUGUCUGUCGUAGUGCUGGAAAUGUGUAUGGAGCGUGAGAUACGUGAAGUGAUUGACUCCAUUGAUAAACCGUGUUAAAGGGGGUGGGUCGAGCACGGCUGGCGUCAUUCUGAGUGGAUGUGAAGAUGGCUCCUCAAUGCGCCGCGGCAGGACCGCCACACAGAUGCGUCAACCGCCUGCUAUCUGGAGGCCCGAGCACUUUGCUGUGAGAGGGAAGGAAGGAAGGAGGGGGAGAAGUAAAUACAAGCUUUAAGAAAGGGUGGAGAGCACCAGACAUCCGAGAUUGUGGACAAUCACGUUGACGCUGUUUGCAGUCGUAACUUUGUCUGACACAGAGACCGACACAAGACCACCGAGAGCCAUGGGUUCGUGCACAGAUGAAGAAUUCAAAGAUAAAUUACUAUGGAAUGUGAAAAGAGAGGUGAAACAGAUCAUGGAGGAGGCGGUGACUAAGAAGUUUGUCCAUGAAGACAGCAGCCACAUCAUCGGCCUGUGCCGCACCAUCGAGGCGUGUCUGAGCCACCUGUUGAAACGGCGAGCGGCGGGCUUCCUGCGUAGCGACAAGAUCGGCGCCCUUUUCACCAAGAUCGGCAAGGUCAACGCCACGGCCGGAGAGGUGUGCCGGAAGGUCCAGGAGCAGCUCACACAGCAGGCAGAGGUCAUCAGAACCCAGAGGACCCAGCGUAUGGGUCAGGAGCCCCUGAAGAGGCAGGGGUCGUCGUCUGCAGGUCGCGCCCCCCAGCCCCUCUCCGCUCAGGCCAUCAAGCACAUCUGGGUUCGCACCGCCCUCUUCGAGAAGGUCCUGGACAAGGUCGUCCAGUACAUCGUGGAUAACUCCAGUAAGUACUAUGAGAGGGAGGCUCUGAUGCAUGACUCAGUGUUUGGACCCAUCCUGGCAUGUCUACUGGUGGGUCCCUGUGCUCUGGAGUACACUAAGCUGAAGACGUCCGACCACUUCUGGACGGACCCGACGGCCAACGAGUUGGUCGAGCGCCACCGGAUCCACGGGGCCCACCGGGGCCAGGACGCUUCCCCCAGCAGGAGGCCCGCUCUGGGGAUCCAGAAGAGACAGUCCAGUGUCAGCAUGUCCGAGGAUAAGUUUGCGGCGUCUGCGCGGGAAUACGUGGAGUCUCUUCACCAGAACUCCCGUACUCACCUGCUCUACGGCAAAAACAACGUCCUGGUCCAACCGAAGAAAGAGAUAGAGGUGUUGCGGGGGUACCUGUCUCUUCACCAGGCAGGGGACAACCUCACCUUGAAGUGGACCCCUAACCAGCUCAUCAACGGCACCCUGGGGGACUGUGACCUGGACAAGAGUAUCUAUUGGGACUAUGCGUUGACCGUGCCUUUACGACAGGUCGUGUGCAUUCACUGUCACCAGCGACCGGACUGUGGUGGGACUUUGGUUCUGGUUAGUCAGGACGGUAUCCAGCACCCCCCACUCCACUUCCCCCCCGGCGGCCACCUCCUGGCCUUCCUGUCCUGCCUGGAGACGGGCCUGCUGCCCCGCGGUCAGCUGGAGCCACCACUCUGGAGCCAGAGAGGCAAGGGUAAGGGGUUUCCUAAGGUAAGGAAGAGGACCAGCACAGUCAGGCUGGUAGAUCAGGAGGGAGAGGAGCAGACAGCAGCUGACUAUGUGUAUGUAUCGUAUCCUGGACACCACCACGACUCCACAGUGACUAUAAACUACCACCACACCACGGGCAGCCGUGCUCCCUCGCUGGAUGAUGAUGAAGAGGAAGAGGACAGACUCCAGGCUAUGAUCUCAAUGAUCUGUUGGCGGAACCUCACAGAUCCUAAUGUCAUGAAAGACCAUGGGGAGAUGAUGGACAUCCAGGGAGCCUAUACGGGAAGCAGCCCAUCGUCAUGGCAGCAGGCAGCAGAGUGCACCAGUCACAUGUCGUCAUGUCUGUGUUGCUCCACAGACCGGUGGGGCAGUAAUGUCUCCUUGGAAUACCCAGCAGGCUGCACCUGCAUCCAUGACCGUAUCCCUCUGAAGAUGCUGUGCCAGAAUAUGAAAAGGCAGAUUGUGUCCAGGUCCUUCUACGGAUGGCUGGCCUACUGUCGACAUCUGUCCACGGUCCGUACCCACCUGUCAGCACUGGUCAGCCACAACAUUGUCCUUCCUGACAAACCUUGCGAGGCAUCGGGGGGACUGAGCAGAGACGUGUGGAAAAAGUACCAGAAAGACUGCAAGAACUAUAAGGAGUUGGAGUUGUUGUGGCUGGUGUAUUACGGAGGUGUACAGCAUGACAUCAGGAAGGAAGUCUGGCCCUUCCUGCUGGGUCAUUACAAGUUUGGCAUGGGCCAGAAGGACAUGAACCAGAUCGAUGAGAAGAACGGUGCACGGUACCAGCAGGUGAUGAAGGAGUGGAAGGACUGCGAGGUGAUCGUCAAGCAGAGAGAGAAAGAGAUGCAGUCGGCCAUCUUUGCUAAUCUGUCUUCAGGAAGCAGCAUAGAGAGCCACGUCCUCAGACACAGAGACUCCACUCUCUGCAAUGAGGUGUUCAUGUCAGUGGAUGAGCCCGACGCAGGGGCGGGGGGGCAGGAAACCCCAGGAGGGGGAAGGAGAGACACCCCCGGCCACUCUACAGUGUUUCUCCCCGCAGCCAGUGAGGCACUAGCUCCUGAUGAGCGCCCCCUAGUGGAGUUUGACUCCGGGCACUCUCAGAUUCUCUCCUCUAUCGACGAUGGACAGAGCACGGAGGAGAAGGGGGGAGCCGGGCAGGAGGGAGGAGCCGGGCAGGAGAGGGGAGCAGGGGAGGAGACUCGGCCACACUCGUACAGUGUGACGGAGGAGAAGGGGCGACAGGAUUGGUUGAGUGAGGAUAUGCUGUGCAGUCAGCUGGAUAAGUUGAUGACCAAUGAGAAUGGAGGAGCAGAGGGGAUGCCUUCACUCUCCUCCUAUACGAUUGAGCUGUUGGACACAGUGGCUCUGAACCUCCACAGGAUAGAUAAAGAUGUUCAACGCUGUGACCGUAACUACGGCUACUUUACGACCGCUAACCUGGAGAAACUACGCAACAUCAUGUGCAGCUAUGUGUGGGAGAAUCUGGAGAUGGGUUAUGUCCAGGGGAUGUGUGACCUGCUGGCUCCUCUCAUGGUCAUCCUGGACGAUGAGUGCCUGGCGUACAGCUGUUUCACCCAGCUGAUGAAGAGGAUGAGCCAGAACUUCCCCAACGGCGGAGCCAUGGACACACACUUCACCAACAUGAGGUCCCUCAUACAGAUCCUGGACUCUGAGCUGUUUGAGCUGAUGCAUCAGAAUGGAGACUCCGCCCACUUCUAUUUCUGCUACCGCUGGUUCCUGUUGGACUUCAAAAGAGAGCUGCUGUACCAGGAUGUAUUCUCAGUAUGGGAGGUGAUCUGGGUGGCCCCUCACAUCUCCUCUCAGCACUUCAUCCUGUUCCUGGCCCUGGCUCUGGUAGAGGUCUACAGAGAGAUCAUCAGAGACAAUACCAUGGACUUCACUGACAUCAUCACCUUCUUCAACGAGAUGGCAGAACGUCAUGACGUGCAACACAUCCUUCAGAUCGCCAGAGAGCUGGUGCGCAAGGUCCAGUCUCUCAUCGAGAACAAGUGAUGAAGAGGAGGAUGAACAGGGCAGGAGGAAGAGGAGGGUGAACAAGGCCAGAAGAGGAGAGGUAGAGAGGAGCCAGAUACCAUCACUCCACCCCUUCCACCUGCCCAUCCAUCCUCUGCAUCCAGCACAGCUCCCUCCCUCUCUUACCCCUCUUUAUACCUCACAAACCUGUGGAAGAGACGGAGACGUGGGCCCUCUAUCCCUCCAGCCAGACCAGUGAAGGGUGAAGGCUCCAGGUUGACCAUCCUGGCCUGGAUGAAGGCUCCAGGUUGACCAUCCUGGCCUGGAUGAAGGCUCCAGGUUGACCAUCCUGGCCUGGAUGAAGGCUCCAGGUUGACCAUCCUGGCCUGGAUGAAGGCUCCAGGUUGACCAUCCUGGCCUGGAUGAAGGCUCCAGGUUGACCAUCCUGGCCUGGAUGAAGGCUCCAGGUUGACCAUCCUGGCCUGGAUGAAGGCUCCAGGUUGACCAUCCUGGCCUGGAUGAAGGCUCCAGGUUGACCAUCCUGGCCUGGAUGAAGGCUCCAGGUUGACCAUCCUGGCCUGGAUGAAGGCUCCAGGUUGACCAUCCUGGCCUGGAUGAAGGCUCCAGGUUGACCAUCCUGGCCUGGAUGAAGGCUCCAGGUUGACCAUCCUGGCCUGGAUGAAGGCUCCAGGUUGACCAUCCUGGCCUGGAUGAAGGCUCCAGGUUGACCAUCCUGGCCUGGAUGAAGGCUCCAGGUUGACCAUCCUGGCCUGGAUGAAGGCUCCAGGUUGACCAUCCUGGCCUGGAUGAAGGCUCCAGGUUGACCAUCCUGGCCUGGAUGAAGGCUCCAGGUUGACCAUCCUGGCCUGGAUGAAGGCUCCAGGUUGACCAUCCUGGCCUGGAUGAAGGCUCCAGGUUGACCAUCCUGGCCUGGAUGAAGGCUCCAGGUUGACCAUCCUGGCCUGGAUGAAGGCUCCAGGUUGACCAUCCUGGCCUGGAUGAAGGCUCCAGGUUGACCAUCCUGGCCUGGAUGAAGGCUCCAGGUUGACCAUCCUGGCCUGGAUGAAGGCUCCAGGUUGACCAUCCUGGCCUGGAUGAAGGCUCCAGGUUGACCAUCCUGGCCUGGAUGAAGGCUCCAGGUUGACCAUCCUGGCCUGGAUGAAGGCUCCAGGUUGACCAUCCUGGCCUGGAUGAAGGCUCCAGGUUGACCAUCCUGGCCUGGAUGAAGGCUCCAGGUUGACCAUCCUGGCCUGGAUGAAGGCUCCAGGUUGACCAUCCUGGCCUGGAGAAAGGAGAGAACAGGGGGAAAGGAGAUGGAUGUUGGCUGGGUCCUGGUCUAGGUCUGGUUCUGGUCCUGGACUGGGUCUGGUCUAGGUCUGGUCCUGGACUGGGUCUGAUCCUGGUUCCAGUGCUAAGUCUGGGUCUAGGUCUGGGUCUGGUCCUGGACUGGGUCUGAUCCUGGUUCCAGUGCUAAGUCUGGGUCUAGGUCUGGUCCUGGACUGGGUCUGGGUCUGGUCUAGGUCUGGUCCUGGACUGGGUCUGAUCCUGGUUCCAGUGCUAAGUCUGGGUCUAGGUCUGGACCUGGUCCUGGACUGGGUCUGGUCUGGGUCUGGUCUAGGUCUGGUCCUGGACUGGGUCUGAUCCUGGUUCCAGUGCUAAGUCUGGGUCUAGGUCUGGACCUGGUCCUGGACUGGGUCUGGUCUGGGUCUGGUCCUGGACUGGGUCUGAUCCUGGUUCCAGUGCUAAGUCUGGGUCUAGGUCUGGACCUGGUCCUGGACUGGGUCUGGUCUGGGUCUGGUCCUGGACUGGGUCUGAUCCUGGUUCCAGUGCUAAGUCUGGGUCUAGGUCUGGACCUGGUCUGGUCUGGGUCUGGUCCUGGUUCCAGUGCUAAGUCUGGGUCGAGGUCUGGACCUGGUAUAUAGAUGAUGUUUACAAGCACCCGGUCACAGAAAGCCAUGGUUAGUUGGUUGCUGUCAGACGUUUGGAGUUGUGUUUAUGCUCCUUAGUUGGAUCACACUGUGACUGCCCGCAUGUUAUUAUUCUCUACUAUUCACCAGGGGUGGCAGGAAGCUUAGUGGUGAGAGGCAGGUAGCCUAGUGGUUAGAGGCAGGUAGCCUAGUGGUUAGAGGGGCGGCAGGUAGCCUAGUGGUUAGAGGGGCGGCAGGUAGCCUAGUGGUUAGAUGGGCGGCAGGUAGCCUAGUGGUUAGAGGGGUGGCAGGUAGCUUAGUGGUUAGAGGCAGGUAGCCUAGGGGUUAGAGGCAAGGAGCCUAGGGGUUAGAGGCAGGUAGCUUAGUGGUUAGAGGCAGGUAGCCUAGGGGUUAGAGGCAGGUAGCCUAGGGGUUAGAGGCAGGUAGCUUAGUGGUUAGAGGCAGGUAGCCUAGGGGUUAGAGGCAAGUAGCUUAGUGGUUAGAGGCAGGUAGCUUAGUGGUUAGAGGCAGGUAGCCUAGUGGUUAGAGGCAGGUAGCCUAGUGGUUAGAGGGGCGGCAGGUAGCCUAGUGGUUAGAGGCAGGUAGCCUAGUGGUUAGAGGGGCGGCAGGUAGCUUAGUGGUUAGAGGCAGGUAGCCUAGGGGUUAGAGGCAGGUAGCCUAGUGGUUAGAGGCAGGUAGCCUAGUGGUUAGAGGCAGGUAGCCUAGUGGUUUGAGCAUUAGGCCACUAACUGAAAGGCUGCUUGAUCGAAUCCCCGACCUGCCAAGGUAAAAACCUGUUGUUCUGCCCCUGAACAAGGCAGUUUAACCCACUGUUCCCAGCUGUCAUUGUAAAUAAUUUGUUCUUAACUGACUUGCCAAGUUAAAUAAAGGUUAAACUUCUUGAUGCA